AUGUCUCCUCCCUUGGAGUUCAUGUAUCCACCUAAAAAUUUCACUUCUGAGCAAGUCGUUCAUGAAAUGAAUCAUCGAGCUUUGCAGCCAAUAUGGGACUUUAUCAGAGUUGGAAAUGAGAAUCUGCUGAGUUCUCCGUUGUUCCCUCCAUUCUAUGCUCUAUCAAUCGAUUACUUAUGGGUUAUUGUGUUCACAACUAUUGAUCUGUUCUUUUCGGAAGUACCCUUUUUCAAAUCAAGCAAAAUUCAAAAAGACAAAAAGGUUACCUGGGAUUUGAUAAAGAAAUCUUUGAAAUUGCAAAUGUGGAAUCAGUUGCUAUGGAUCUACCCUAUGGCUUUAGUUCAACUAAUCUGGGUUCCCAAUACAGAGUUGCCAGUUCUGGCUCCGACCGUCUGGGAGUUAUGCAGUCAAGUGGCCAUUUACUUCCUACUGUUCGAUUUCACCUAUUUCUGGUUCCAUUACCUUCAUCAUAGGGUGAAAUUCUUGUACCGCUGGUGCCACUCAGUUCAUCACAUGUACUCAUCUCCAUGUGCAGCUGUAGCUCAGCAUUUACAUCCGUUUGAGCUCUUUUUUGUUGCGACUUUCAUAACUGCCAUCCCUUGGAUAUUCCCAACUCAUUGUUUGACAUAUUGGGUUUGGUUUUUAGUCGCACAGAGUGUCUCAUAUGAAGUUCACCAUGGAUAUGACUUCCCACUGGCACUUCAUCGACUGUUCUAUUUCUAUGCCGGAACUCCAGCACACGAUAUGCAUCAUCUAAGACCAUUAACAUGCUUCCAGCCAUGGUUGAACUACUUGGAUCGUCUGAUGGGUUAUCAUAUAACUUAUCAAGACUUAAAGAAAAUGGCUGAUGACAAAGCGAAACGGUUUGGGCUCUAUGAGAAUGAAGACAUUGCCGGCUUGGAGAAGCACAACUGA